GUAGACAGUCUAGUGAACUGAGACCACACAAACAAGGCACGGAGCUGUCGGCAUGAAUCACGUUCUAGUGUUCUACAGUUCGUCAUAGUUCCCGUGAUGGUCGACUGAUUGACACUGCCAACCUCCCAACUUCCCAAAUAUAUCGUCGUCGGUCAAUGUCGACGAGCUCGCAGUGCACGCUCAUGGAAGGCGCUAUCUCCCUUCCUCGCAACACAAGCAGAAUUGCCGUGGUUACCGGCGCGAACAGAGGUAUCGGGCUAGAGGUGUGCCGGCAGCUGGCUGGCAAUGGCGUCACCGUCGUCUUGACAGCAGUGGACGAGGAGCUAGGCGCGAAAGCCGUCGGCAAUCUCCAAGGGCUAGCUCUCUCCGAUGUUCUUUCUCACCAGCUGGAUAUCACGGAUGCUUCCAGCAUCGCUCGGUUGGCCAACUUCUUGAAGGCCCGAUUCGGGAAGUUGGAUAUCCUGGUCAAUAAUGCUGCGGUUGCUGGGGUCGUGUACUCUCAAGAUCAUUUGGAUGAUCUAGAACCGAGAGAGGAAAAGUUCAAUCUCAUGGAUAGGGAUCAGAGGCUUGAAUGGCUGUGGAGGAACUGCCGGGAGACCUACCAUGCUGCAAAGGAAUGCCUGCAGACAAACUACUACGGCACAAAGCAUGUGAUCGAAGCCUUGCUGCCUCUGCUGAAAGCCUCCGAUGAUGGAAGAAUCGUCAAUAUAUCCUCCGACUUUGGGUUGUUAAGGCAUUUCAGAAACGAGGAUCUGAAGCAAGUGCUGAACGACGUCGGCAACCUCACCGAGGAGCGGCUGGACGAACUGCUGGACCAGUUCCUGAGAGACUUCAAGGUCGGCACGGCAGAAGCGCGCGGGUGGCCAGUGGCGUUCGCGGCGUACAAGGUGAGCAAGGCGGCCGUGAACGCGUACUCGAGGAUGCUGGCGGCGAAGCAGCCCGCGCUGCGCGUUAACUGCGCGCAUCCCGGCUACGUCAAGACUGACAUAACCUUACACUCGGGGCUCCUGGCGCCGGAGGAGGGCGCGAGUAAUGUGGUGAAGGUGGCGCUGCUGCCGGACGGCGGGGUGACCGGCGCCUUCUUUGAGGAGGGCAAUGAGCUGGCCUCCUUCGUGUGAUGUCAGGAUCGGCCUGGUUCGCUAGCUGCGGCUGUUUGCCAUCGCGUGAGCUCACGGAGUGUUUGGACCCCUCGGUCUGAUGUUUAAGUGUGUGGUAGCAGGAUGCAAGACGAUUCUGGUAAUAAACUGAUUAUGUUUGUGAACGGUGAUAACCUGAUGAUGUAUGUGUUGUAAAUUUAGAGAACGGUGAUAACCUGAUGAUGUAUGUGUUGUAAAUUUAGAGAAAUAAGUGACAUGCUUCCUUCAGAUUUAAAUAAAUUAAA